AUGAGUAGAAGUUCAACUCCUAUGGCAUCGGCUGCCAUUCUCAUGAAACAAUACAAGGAGCUUACUGAUCCUAAAACUUGUGUACCAUCUUUCCACAUUACUCUGCAAAAUGAUGACAUUUAUCACUGGAAUAUCGGCGUCAUGGUUCUUGCAGAAGAUUCCCCAUACAACGGCGGUUACUUUAAAGCCCGAAUGAUAUUUCCAUCAGAUUACCCUUAUAGCCCACCAACAUUUAAAUUCAUUCCACCUAUUUUCCAUCCAAAUGUUUACCGAGACGGCCGGCUCUGUAUCUCGAUUCUUCACAAGUCUGGUGACGUAACUAGCGGUGAACCAGAUGGUGAGACUUGGUCUCCUGUUCAAACUGUUGAAAGUGUACUUGUAUCGAUUGUAUCACUACUUUCAGACCCUAAUAUUAACUCUCCAGCAAAUGUGGAUGCCAGCGUAGCCUAUACAAAAAACCCAGAGGAGUUUAAGCAACGGGUACGUGAAGAGGUUGAGCGGUCCAAAGUUAAUAUCCCUAAGGGCUUUGUUAUGCCUUCUACACUUAAAUCUGCUUACGUUGCUUCCAAAAGCCGUCAUGACGCCCAGGAGGAUGUUGUUGACGAUGAUUUUUGGUACGAGUCAGAGGACUCUCAAGCUGGUGAAGAUGAUCAAGGCUCGAUGGCUAGUGAAGAGGAGGAUGAGAAUGGAAAUGAGUAUGAUGGUGAUGAAGUGGAAGAAGAAGAUGAAGAAGAACAAGAAGAAGACGUUGAAGAAGAAGAAGAAGAACAAGAAGAAGAACAAGAAGAUGAAGAAACUAAAGCUCACAAAAAGCCUCGUCUGCGUUAA